AAUGUCUGUUGCACCUUCCCAAUUUGAAAAAUGCUACAAACAUCCAUCGAAUGACAUAGUCCUUUUUUGUAUGUCAUUGGAAUGCAGAUAGGUUUUAACUAUAUUCUAUCAGAAAUUGAGUAGCCCUUAUGCAAAGAUUGUUGUAAAUUACAUGUGCAAUAACAUAAUUAAAACGGUACAUAAGCACAAUUAGAUACGGUUGAUAAUGUAAGACAGCAGCUUCUGAAUAACGUGCAUAUUAUGAGAACUAAAUUUGAAGAGUAUAAAUAUAUUUUCUAAUUUGAAAAGAGAGAGAGCUAUUUUGCAUCAUUUUAACGUGGGUGAAUCUCCCGAGUUGGUGAAUUAAAUACAAAAUAAAUUACAAAAAGUAAAAUCGACUUUAAUGGCAGCAGUCAAUUAGUAUUGUAUUUAAUUAGAAGAGUAAGUUAAAUAGAAAAUCUUUUUGCAAAAAGUAAUUUCAAAAUUUUUGAUUAAUAGUAAUCUCAUCCGGGAGAGAAAAAAGAUCUUCACCAUAAAUUCAAUUAGAUUAUUCUUAGCUUAGAUUAAUAGGAAAAGAUGUUACUCUAACCAAAAUAUAUAAGAGGUUGUUUGAUGGUGAUGAGUGAUGAGUAGCAUCAUGAUUUCGAAUAGCUAACAUUAGAAGUUGAUGAUGCACUCAAAAUGUAUUUAUCUAAUGCCUUUGAUGUGUAUGUUCAUGAAGAGAAGCUCUAGAAAAUUAGCUAAGCCUUUACAGAAUAUGUUGAUAUUUAUUAAGCAAAUUUGAACGAGGAAUUGGAAUUCUUAUCGAAAAAGAUUCGAGACACUAGUUAAGUCCCUCAAAUGCCUAAGAAAAUUGUAUCGAAUCAAAAAAUAGCAUAACAAACUAUUCCAAUUAAGGAGACCAAAUAAUUUCACUCCAUUUAUGAUGAGAAAUUCAAUGGAUCUAAUUUCGCUAGUUAGUCUCAAUUCAAACGGAGUUAUGGAGAUAAAAAAUAGGAAUAAUAUUAUUAAAAUAUAUAUUAAUGA